UGGUCACGAAAAGUCAAUCAUGGGAAUUCGACUUUACCGUUUCUGCCGUAAUUUAUAAAUCACUGCAUGAUGAACUAUUUUUAACGCACAGAACGCUACACUAAUACAUCCACAAACAGGUUCAACAUAAGCACAGAACAUGAUGGCAGGCCAGCCAGCCAGCCAUUAUGCCAGGUUCUCUUGCGAACGAACGAACCGACACUGGGCCUUGGUGGAGCUUACCAGCCAGAAGUAGCAUCAAGGUUGACGGAAAAUGAAAGCUUUUCCCAACCAGCCCCCCAUUGGUUCUGUUUACCCCGUUCGAGCCCUGUCCCAUUUCAGUCGGUUGUUUGGCAAAUUGUAAACAAAAGUUUUUUCAAAAAAAAAAAAAACUUUAACGGUGGAAAACCACCGAUUUUCUUGUUGUAUUUUUGUGCCUACGGUACUGUGCUUACCAGAAAAAAAGUGUGCAAGAGCGAGAAGAAACGAAGUCCACCCUCGCGUAUCCAUCGGUCCGAUACGCCCGGGGAGAAUCGGUGCAACAAGGUACACCCGAUUCUAGCGUACCCGGGGAAUCACCAUUGGAAGGCCAAAAUUCGAUGGUGGCAGCGGGACAGUGCGGGACAUGAUCGUAGAUUAGUUUUCAUAUUUUUCCAGUCCAGUUCUGCUAUCUGUGGUGAAACGAUCGGGGGUUUAAAAGUUUUCCCGCUUCGGUCGACGGUGGUGUCUCUAGUGGUGGCCCCCGGGUUACGGUGUGGAUAGUUUAUUUGCAGAAGCAUAUUUACAGCAAAAAGGUGUAAAAAAGCCAUCCACCAGUUGUAGCCGUUUGGGUUUCGGGGCACUUCGAAGCUGGUCAAAGGAAGAAUCGAAUCUCCUCGAUGCAGAAAAUCGGCAAAGGAGAACCGGUGGACAACGAUGAGUUCGACACGUGGAUGAAGUCGAAGCAGCUCCUAAAGCCGGACGAUCAGCUCGACCUUACCGAGGCGGAGCUGGGCGAGGAGAUCCCGAAGCUGCUGUCGACGGAAAACAGACAUCUGCCCCGCAAUCUGGUCGUGUACGAUUUCCGGGAGGGUGCAUUCCUGCCGGUACCACCGCCAGAAAAUACGAUAACGCUGCUCGAGUUCGAGGGUACCUCCAUCCACAAGGACACGGAUGAGGCGAAGGAGCAGAUCUCGCGCAAGGGCACCGACGAGUUAAAUGUCACCCUGGACAAACCGAAGGAACCUCUCGCCGAAGACCAGGAGGACACGAAAAAGCCCGACACACCGGAAACUGGUGACGGCGAAGAGGGUGAACGAGAUGAAGACGAAGCCGAGGGCGAAGGCGAAGGUCAAGAGCAGGAAGAGGAAGCUCCACCUCCACCUGAGGAGGAAGCGCCCAAGAAGAAGCUUACGAAUCAGUUCAACUUUUGCGAGCGAGCCGCCCUAACGAUAGCGAAUCCUUCAAGGUCAGUCGACACCCAAACGAUUCCACCGCCACGCUCUUCGUACGGCGCAAGCGUACUCCAGUGGGUGAUCUACGACUCGUACAUCGAGGACUACGCGCAGCAGCAGCGAGAGAAGGAACGCGAGAAGGAGAAAAAGCCCGGACUGCAGCGGCGUGACGAGAAGAGCCGCAAGGACGAGAAGGCAAAGCAGGCGGAAGAGUUCAACAAGCGCUAUCUGCAGGCAUGCCAGAUCAUUGAGCGUAUGGUAAACCAGAACAUCUACGACGAGAUCGCCCAGGACUAUCGCUACUGGGAGGAUCCGUCCGAUGAGUUUCGCGAGGAGGAGGGCACCCUGCUGCCGCUGUGGAAGUUUUCGUACGAGCGCACCAAGAAGAUGUGCGUUACUGAUCUUUGCUUCAACACGCUCUACUACGACUUGUUUGCUGUCUGCUUCGGGACUCUGGACUUUAUGAAACAGAACGCCGAAGGAGCCGUGUGCUUAUUUACGAUAAAAAACCCAUCCUUUCCAGACUACAGAAUUGCUACAGAAAGUGGUGCGAUGUGUUGCGACAUCCACCCGAAGUACCCAUACCUGAUCGCGAUAGGCCUGUACGAUGGUAAUGUGAUCGUGUAUAACCUGCAGGUCGGUACGAAGGAGGGUCCCGUGUACAUCUCGCACGGUGUGAACGGCAAGCACGCGGAAUGCGUGUGGGAAAUCAAGUGGGGCCCGGACAUGCAGGACGGCGAGAUAAACUUUUUCUCCGUGUCGGCUGAUGGCAAAGUUUUCAACUGGGUGCUGAUGCAGAACAAGCUCGCUAUUACAACGAUCAUCACGUUGUUUCUCGAGCUGGACCAUGUCAGUGGGCCGGACGGUAGUACGCUGCGCUUGAAGGGCAGCGGUACCUGUAUGGUUUUCCAUCCGCACAAUCCGGAGAUUUUCCUCGUCGGCACGGAGGAAGGUUUCAUCUUUAAGUGCAGCACUGCGUACAGCUCGAAGUAUCUUAUGACGUACCACGCGCACUAUCUGCCCGUUCACCGGAUGGAUUACAACAAGUUCAAUUCGAACAUUUUCGCAUCCUGCAGCGGUGAUUGGCGGGUGAAAAUCUGGGAAGACAUGAGACCUGAACCGCUGUUUAUAUUCGAUCUAGGGUCCUCGGUAGGCGACGUCAAGUGGGCACCGUACUCGAGCACCGUCUUUGCCGCGGUAACAACCGAGGGCAAGGUUUUUGUGUUCGAUCUGAACGUGAACAAGUACAAAGCCAUCUGCACCCAGGCGAUCGUUUCGAAGCGCAAGAACAAGCUCACCCGGUUGGCGUUCAACCAGAAGCUGCCGUUUAUCAUCGUUGGGGAUGAUAAAGGCACAACGAUUACGCUGAAGCUUUCACCCAAUCUACGGGUGAAGACCAAAAUGGGCAAGAAGGCCGGCGUUGUUGAUCCGCAGCUGCUCGAAAGCCAGAAGCUGGACCGGCUGCUAUCGCUUGUCCGUGAGCUACCCGAAGGAGAGAUGGUGAAGGAAACCGUAUCGACCGUUGCCUCGAACUAAGCAAAAAAAAA